AUGCCGGUGGACGAGGAACAGCCGCGGCGAGCGGCCAACGGCGCGCAGUCUUCGGAGACGACGCCUCUGCUCAAUGGUGAUAGCGGUGUUCGCGGUAUUGCUGCUACAGCUGCCGCCGCCAACGAUGAAGAGACCACCGUCAUCGCCGAGACCGUCUCCAACGGCCGUCUGGCUCUCAUCCUGGGAACCUCGUACUUUGGCGUGUUUCUUGGCGCCAUUGAUAGCACCAUCAUCGCAACCCUCUCCGGGCCCAUCUCAAGCGAGUUCAAGUCCCUGAGCCUUCUGAGCUGGCUCGCGACGGCCUACCUCAUCUCCAAUGCCGCCUGCCAGCCCAUCUCCGGCCGCCUGACCGACAUCUUCGGCCGCGGCCCGGGCCUGGUCUUCAGCAACAUCUUCUUCGCCGCCGGGAACCUCAUCUGCGGCCUUGCGCAGACGCAGUCUGCCAUCAUCUUCGGCCGCGUCGUAGCCGGCAUCGGUGGCGGCGGGCUCAUGUCCAUCUCGACCUUCCUCGGCUCCGACCUCAUUCCGCUGAGGAGACGAGGCAUCUUCCAGGGCAUCGGCAACAUCGCCUACGGCUCGGGCGCCAUGCUUGGCGGCGUCUUUGGCGGCCUCAUCAACGACCACACGGCCUGGGGCUGGCGGCUCGCUUUCCUGGUCCAGGUCCCGCCGGUUCUUGUGUCGGCCGUGCUCGUGGCGGUCCUGGUCAAGGUACCCCCCAAGGCCUCGGACAAGUCCUACCUCGCGAGAAUCGACUUCGGCGGCGUCUUCCUCACGAUAUCUUUCCUCGUGCUGCUGCUCCUCGGGCUGAACGCGGGCGGAAACCUCGUGCCGUGGGUGCACCCCCUCCCCCUCACAACCAUCCCGCUCUCCUUCCUGGCCUUCGGCGCGUUCCUCUUCUGGGAGACCAAGGUCAAGCAGCCCAUCAUCCCCGUCCGCCUGCUCGCCAACCGCACCAUCCUCUCCGCGUGCCUGACCAACCUGCUCUGCACCAUGGUCAUGAUGAUGGCCCUCUUCUACGUGCCGCUGUACCUGCAGGUCACCGGACUCUCGGCCACCGACGCCGGCCUGCGCAUCCUGACGUCCCCGCUCGGCGUGUCCAUCAUGUCCAUCGGCGCGGGCUACAUCAUGAAGAGGACCGGCAAGUACGUCGUCCCGGGCAUCUGCGCCCUGGUCAUCUUCAACACCGGCAUCGUCAUCCUGACGCAGUUCGACGAGAACACGCCCGCCUGGGUCAACUACCUCGUCUUCUUCUUCGCGGGCGGCGGCUACGGCGCCAUGCUGACCAUCACGCUGCUCGGAUGCAUCUCCGCAGUCGAUCACUCCCAGCAAGCCGUCAUCACCUCGGCAACGUACCUGGCUCGCAGUCUCGGUGGCACCGUCGGCAUCACCAUCGGCUCCGCCGUCUACCAAAACGUACUCAAGAGCCGUCUCUGGGAACGCUUCGGCGACUACCCCAACGCCGCCGAGAUCAUCGGACGCAUCAGAGACGACCUCGACGAGCUCAAGCACCUGUCCCCCGGCUGGCAGCCCGGCGUCACCGACUCCUUCAUGGAGGCCUUCCAGAGCGUCUGGUACACGAUGCUGGGCAUGUCACUUGUGGCUCUCGUCUGCAUCUCGUUGAUGCGGCAGUACGUCCUCCACGCAACCUUGGAAAGACGUUGA